AUGGGUGGCUGCUGCAAGGGAGCGCGGUGUCCAUUCUCGCAUGAGCUGGUGCAGCUGCCGCCGAAAGGCGUCGACGCGUCGGGCGGCUACUUCAUUAGCGGUAACGUUGCAAACUACAGGGCAGCGGCGUCCACCUCGACGGCUUCGCCGUCGUCGCGCAGCUUCGUCGGUCGGUGGGACGACCCGACCGCGUCGAGCAGCACCGACGGCUUGUCAACCCUUGCGUCGCCUUCCUCGUGUUGCGUGACGACAGGCACGUCUCUCAGUGCUGAAGCGAAGGAGUGGGUCGGAGCUGACAGCGCAGCCACCUCCUCCUCUGCCAACUCGGCCACCGCCUCCAUCACGUCCGUUCAAUCGCUGCGAGGUGCGGCCUCCCCGACCUUUUGCGUGAGCUCCAGCUCUCUUCGCUACAGGUCUGCGGCCUUGCGUCGCACUGCCCAGCAGGUGUCACCGCUGCCCAUGCCGCAUUCUCAGCGGGACUCUCAGCCUCAGCCCCAGCAAGCUCAAACGCAGCUGCAAUCACAGCAGUCGCAGAAGCCGCAGCCGUCGCCACCGCAGCCACAGCUACAUCAGCAGCACAAGCGUCAGUAUCAGCCGCCGCCUCAGCCACGCAGCGUCGCGAACGCUCUCUCCGCUCUACUCCCCAAUCACUCGGAGAGCAGUGCCGCUGCAGAGACACGCCACACAUCGGCGGCGCCUGCGCACCCCGCUGCCACAGCGCGCACCGUGUCCUUCACGCAGUCCUCUAACGGCUCUGGAUCGACGACUAUAGCUGCCCUCGCCUCUUUCUUCGACAUGCAGCGCGUUUCCACGGGCGCCCCUUCGGCGACGCCGUCCAGCGCCGCAUCGCAGCCAAGCAAAGUCGUCUUUGCCACUCGCCGCGACGAUCAGACGCCAGCCACCGCACCAACGCCAGCCACCGCGGCACCACCUCGGUAUACCGCCGCCUGCAUCACCCUCGCCGCCUCCAACCAGCGUUUUGAUCCCUCGCCCUCCGCUCCCAGCAUCCCGACCACGGCCACUCCCGCCCCUGCUCACGGCAGCAGCCGCUCGGCCACAACGAGUCAGCACAUGGAGGCUCCCCUGCCCCGCAGUCGCGAGGCCCUGGCUACCGGCGCGGAGCACCAAACUGCUACCGUGGCAAAGGCGCACGUGACGCAGAGUGCUGCCCCACCUUCGGCGGCGGCAGCGCCGACAUCGCCGCCACAGUAUGAGUCGCGUACUGCGUCCUCCGCUCAAACCCGCGUCAUGCCGCCGGCUCCCCGUUCGCAACAGCAGCAGGCAGCGCACCAGGCCCAGCAACUUCGUGCACAAGAAGAAGCGCAGCGCCAGGUGCAGAUCCAGCAGCAGCUCCACGCCCAACAACAGGCACAGCAACUUGCACAGCAGCAGGCUCAACUGCAACAGUUUCAGCAGCAGAUUCAGCCCCAGAAGCCGCCGCCCCCGCAGCAGACGGUGUACAUGUUGACCACCUCUCGUCCCCCGACCACCUCUACACCUCCGCACGAAGGUAUCGUUGCGCCUGAUCAGCUCCCACUCGGCUAUACCCUCGCCUACGCUGUGUCCACGCCUACACCAACCGCUUCCGCGGCCACCCCAAUCCUUAUCUCGGAGCAGCCGAGCGCCGCUCGCCCCACCUACACGUUGCUUUCUUCGUGCCCGCCGCAAUCGCAGCUACAGAGCUUUCAGACGGCAAAGGGAACGGUCUUGUACGCGACGCCGGCGCAGGUGCUUACCCAGGCCGCGGCGCCUAGCGAAAACGAUGCCCCUCGUCUAAUCCUUGUCAAUACCGAUGGCACUUUCACCGUCCUGCAAGCGGAAACGUUGGCGGCCACUGCCGGCCUUGGCCUGUCUCCGACCAUCAUGCGGGCGCACUAG